AAUACAACUACACUGUCAAGGUGACCGUGGGUGAGCUAGUGAUACCAAAGUGUUCCUGUGCACUCCACUCGCUUCCAAUAUUAGCUCCACCGUUUGUAAGUCCAGUGAUAUUCUCCCAAGUUCUUGUAAAUACGAGUGUGGCAGACAGUUAUGGAAUUGUGACUGGUAUUAAAGUCGCAUACAUUUAUAGAGACAACUGAUUCAUUGAGUGAAAACAAUGAAUAAAUGCACCGCGAUGUUGACACGGGCAAGUUUUGGCAACGUCGAUAUUCUUGUGCCAACGUGGGCGAGUGUGAGUGCUGCCAUCUCUCGGUCGUAUCUCGGCGCAAAGUUUGAAUCUGAAAACUUCGCUCGCAAGACAUCUAAACACAUUGAGGAUGAAAUCGACGCCAUAUGGAAAAACAAAUGUGCAAAGAAUGAUCGCCUGUACAACGCAUCUAAAUUUCGACUGGCUGGGUGUGAAAUGACGCAGCGAAACUUAGUGCUGCGCCUCGGCCUGACUUGUUACAAAGACCUGUGUGGAACCAACUUGUCAGAAAACUUUCCUUUACUCCAAGCUAAGGGGGCGAAUGAUUUCUCUAACAAACAGGCGUAUAUGUCAGAUGUAUUGGGAGUUGGUCUAAUUGCUGUAACUUCCGAUGCCUGUCUGGUGGUGACUCGACGGGCACAGUGGACGGGAGAGUACCCUGGGGCACUCGACAGGCCAGGCGGACAUCCAGAACCAAACAAUAUUUUCCUGCCAGACGGGUCACUGAAGCCUGACUAUUGUCACUUCAAACCAGAAGAAGCCGUAUUGCAGGAGGUGUGGGGAUCAGCGAGGCAAGAGGCCGUGGACGAGCUGGGAAUAAGUGAGGCUAACAUUGGAGAGGUCUCAUUAAUGGGCGUCGCUCUGAACACAGAGGCUGGAGACAGACCUUCUCUCGAGUUUUUUGCCAAGUUGGACGUGAGCAGCGAACACGUGACCGAGACGUACAGGCUGGGCGUUCAGGCUGAGGCAGAGGAGAGCUGCUCGGUGCACCUUUUGCGUCCCCAGACACUCGCUUUGCUCCCUCGUCUGCUUCAACCUCACUCAUUUAUAGAAGGUGCAGCGGGAUCAACAGAUGACAAAGAUGAACCCGAAGAAGAUAUUCACAUUCAGGAAGCUCGCUGGCUCCUGCAAGAAGCUACACCGGCCUUAAAGGGUGCUCUCUUGCUGGCCCUGAACACUCGUCUCCUGCCCCUUUCCCUUUGAGAAGAAUGAAGGGAUGGAAGGUAAUCUCUGAACGUGGACGGUGGAAUGUCCCUCUCAGUAGAUAUAUGACGUGACUGCAUAAUCUAUAAUCUUUCUUAUUUGUGUUGUAUGGUACACAUUACAUUACAGUUUCGGGGUUA